AUGUCUAUGAUCACGGCGACCACCUGGGUGCCGCGCGGCUUCGCGGCACCCUUUCCUCACAAAUAUAUCUUCGACGACGACGAAUUCGAGCGCAUUUCGCAGCUUGCGCGCCUGCAGCUGGACGAUGCGAAAGACGACCUAGAUGCGGCCAAGAACGGCGACAAGAGCGACGAAGACGAGGAGCCCAAAUCGAAUGCUGCUGCCAUCGCAGCCUCCAAGGAUGAUAUCGAAAUCGACGACGAUUUGAAAGAGUACGAUCUCGAGCACUACGAUGACGACGAGGGUGCCGUUGACAAGGACGGUGAACCUCUUGGUAUCUUCGGAAAUGUCAAGUCUCUGGUUUACCACGAGAACAACGACGACGACCCAUACAUCACUAUGCCUGACAACGUUGAUGACGAUGUUGAGAGAGAGGAGCUGCAAAUCCUUGACUCUGACAACCUGGUCCUAGCAGCGAGGAUAGAAGAUGAGAUGGCGCAUCUCGAAGUGUAUGUGUACGAGGACGAGGCAGACAACCUUUACGUCCACCACGACAUUAUGCUGCCAGCCAUUCCUCUCACGGUGGAGUGGCUGAACACACCAGUAGGCAAGGGCCCGAUUGAGGAGAACUCGAGGGGCAAUUUCGUCGCUGUGGGUACUAUGGAUCCGGACAUCGAGAUUUGGGAUCUUGACAUUGUGGACUGCAUGUACCCCAAUGCCAUUCUUGGGCAAGGUGCCGAGGACAUGCCCAAUGGCGAGAAGCCCAAGAAAAAGAAGAAGAAGAAGAAGUCUAAGAAGGCCAACGACGACUACCACGUCGAUGCCGUGCUUUCUCUGGCUGCCAACCGCACGCACCGCAACCUGCUUGCUUCGUCAUCCGCAGAUAAGACGGUUAAGCUUUGGGAUCUGAACACGACCAAGUGUGCGAAGUCCUACACUUACCACACAGAUAAAGUUUGUUCUCUGGCGUGGCAUCCGACGGAGACGACUGUGCUCUUGAGCGGAAGCUACGAUAGGACCGUCGUCGCAGCGGAUAUGCGGGCGCCGGAUGCUAAGGUCCCAAGAUGGGGCGUGGAAAGUGACGUUGAACAAGUCAGAUGGGACCCCCACGAUCCCAACUUUUUCUACGUAUCAACUGAGAAUGGCAUCAUCCACUACCACGAUGCCCGCCUUGCUCCCUCAGAUCCGUCGCAGACAAAGCCAAUCUGGACUCUUCAGGCACACGACGAGUCCAUCUCGUCCUUCGACAUUAACCCUGUGGUGCCCGGCUUCAUCGCCACUGGUUCGACGGACAAGGAAGUCAAGCUUUGGAAUGUCCAGCCCACGGGACCAAGCAUGGUUGUGUCGAGGAACCUCGGCGUCGGCAAAGUGUUCUCUACGUCAUUUGCGCCCGAUAAGGAAGUUGGUUUUAGAUUGGCAGUGGCAGGCAGCAAAGGCUCUGUUCAGGUCUGGGACACGUCCACCAACGCAGCAGUGCGACGCGCUUUUGCCCACAGAGUGGCGCCCGCCGAGGGCGAAGUCAAGGAGAGGCUUGUUGGUGUUCAAGAGUCGGAUAGUGAGUCUGACAGUGGUGAGGAUGAAGAUGAGGACGGCAAAGGCAGCGACGCGGGGCCAGAUGGUUGGGAAUCCAUGGACGAGGAGUAA